AUGGUCUGCCAAACCUGCAAGUUCCGGCGCAACCCGUUUGGCUGUAGGAACUCGGGCCACCCAGGUCAGACCCAGCUCUCCCCCUUUUUUCCUACUUCCUGCGCGCACAUACCCCUCAACUCCCAUGCCCCCAUACCUCCCCUCCCCGACCAUGCAGCCACCUUAGUCAUGCCCCGCCAACCCCUUGGUGGGGCAGGAAGGGCAGCAGGAAGGGCCGCUGGGACGGCAGUUCUUGAGUCGGUGGGGACGGCAGCAAUUGGGGCUGAAGAGGUGGCAGAGGAGAGGGCCGCAUGCAAGAGCGGCACGGCCGGGACAGCACUGGCAGCAGUGGCGGCACAAGCCACUGAAGGGGCGGCAGAGGCCGCAGUAGGGGGGGGGGGGGGGGAGGCCACAGUGGUGGCGGCAGGAGCCGCUGGCGGGGCGGCGAGUGCUGCAGCGGGGCUGCAGAUGCACCACAAAGGGCCCUGGGAGCCGCCACAGAAGCGGCAGGCCCUGAAUCGCACGGGCCGUACAGCAGGGGUGGCACAGGCCACAGCAAGGGCGGCAGAGGCCGCAGUGGACAGUGCUGCAGGCACGGACGGCACGAGCCGGAUAGCGCGGGAAGCUCGGGCAGCAGGAGUGGCACAGGCCACAGCAAGGGCGGCAGAGACCACAGCAGGAGUGGCACAGGCCCCAGCUGGGAUGGCAGGGGCUGCAGAUAGGGCAGCAGAGGCUGUUGGAAGGACACUGCGAGUUGUGUCAGGGGGGGCAGGACCUGUGGCAGAGGGGGCAGCUCCUGGGUUGGUGGGUGUAGUAGUUGCGGAAGAGACUGGGAGAGCUGCAGCACAUCAGGCGGCAGGGGAUAAAGCGGCAGCCGCCGCAGUUCUGCCCCUGCCCUUGUUGAUCGGGUCAUGCUGGUGUGCCGCUGCGGUAGCGGGCCGCAGUGCAGCAGAGGCUGCAGCAGGGGGGGCAGUAGCAGAGAAGGGUGGUGUGGUGGGGAUAGCUGCAGAGGCUACAGCAGUGGUAAGUGCAGCAGGGGGAAGUGCAGCAGGGGGGCGGACAGCAGGAGCUACAAUAGCGGGGGAGGGCGCAGCGGGGGCUGCAGCGGGAGAGGGGAUAGCAGAGGCGGCACAGACAGACGAGGGGGCUGCAUCCGCCGCAGCAGCUGGGGCUGCGGCUGAAGCAAUAGAGGGGACCAUGGCACGGCCAGCAGGGGCGGCAGAUGUCAAGACUAGAACGGGUGAAAAGAUUGACUAA